AUGCUCUUCAACUCUCUCCCCUACGCAGCGGCCUCGCUGCUUGCGCUCCCUCAGCUGGCUGCCGCUGUCACGAGGAAAUAUGACUUCGACAUUGGCUGGGUCAGAGGAAACCCUGACGGUGCCUACGAGCGUCCAGUUAUUGGAAUCAACGGCAAGUGGCCUAUUCCUCGUAUCGAGGUCGACAUUGGUGACAGGGUCAUCAUCAACGCCCACAACAACCUGGGCAACCAGUCCACCUCGCUGCAUUUCCACGGCCUCUACAUGAACGGAAGCAACCACAUGGAUGGCCCUGCUGGUGUGGUUCAAUGCCCUAUUACCCCUGGCACAACCUUUACCUACAACUUUACAGUUGACCAGCCCGGAACCUACUGGUACCACUCGCACACCAGCGCUCAAUACCCCGACGGCCUGCGCGCUCCCUUCAUUGUCCAUGACAAGAAGUUCCCCUACAAGGAUGACUAUGACGAGGAGCUCAUCUUCACCCUCUCCGACUGGUAUCAUGAGGAGAUGCAGACUCUCAUUCCCCAGUUCAUGGCAAAGUCCAACCCCUCCGGUGCCGAGCCCGUUCCUCAGAACGCCCUCAUGAACGAGACCACCAACUACACCCUGUCCGUCAAGCCCGACACGACCUACCUGUUCCGAACCAUCAACAUGGGUGCCUUCGCUGGUCAGUACCUCUGGUUCGAGGGCCACAAGAUGCGCAUUGUUGAGGUCGACGGUGUCUACACCGAGGCUGCUGAGGCUGAGAUGAUCUACAUCUCUGCUGCUCAGCGUGUGAGCUUCCUUCUCACCACCAAGAAGGACACCUCCAAGAAUUUCCCCAUCGUCGCAAGCAUGGAUACCACCCUCUUUGAUGUCCUUCCCGACGACCUCAACUACAAUGCCACUGGCUGGCUCGUGUACGACGACUCCAAGGACAAGCCCGAGGCUGCCACUGUCGACACCCUCGAUCCCUUUGACGACAUGACUCUCGUCCCCUACGACAAGAUGGAUCUCCUCGGAGAGCCCGACCACGAGGUGACCCUCGAUGUCAUGAUGGACAACCUCCGGGACGGCAAGAACUACGCCUUCUUCAACAACAUCACCUACACCGGCGCCAAGGUUCCUACGCUGUACACGGUCCUCAACGCUGGUGAAGAUGCUACCAACCCCACCAUCUACGGCAGCUACACCAACUCUGUGGUCCUCAAGAAGAACGAGAUCGUCCAGCUAGUCGUCAACAACCUCGACUCGGGCCGCCACCCCUUCCAUCUCCACGGACACGCCUUCCAGGCUGUCUUCCGCUCCGAGGAAGAGGCUGGUAUUUGGGCAGACACCAAGGUCCCCGAUAAGGAUCUUCCCGACACUCCCAUGCGCCGUGAUACCCUCGUCAUCUACCCCAACGGCAACAUUGUCAUGCGCUUCAAGGCCGACAACCCAGGUGUCUGGCUCUUCCAUUGCCACAUCGAGUGGCACGUCAUCUCCGGUCUCAUCGCCACCUUUGUCGAGGAUCCCCUUACCCUCCAGAAGACCAUUGAGAUCCCCAAGAAUCACCUCGACGCCUGCGCCGCCGCCAACAUGGCCACCAAGGGUAAUGCUGCUGCCAACACGGCCGACUACCUUGACCUCACUGGCGAGAACAAGCCUUCCAGACCCCUCCCCUCUGGCUUCACUCCCCGCGGCAUCGUCGCCCUCGUCUUCAGCUGCAUCUGCGGUAUCCUCGGUGUGGCCGUCGUCGCCUGGUACGGUUUCGCCAAGGCCCCUGAGGAUGCCACUCCUGGCACCCUCGGCGCCGGCAUUGUCGACGGUAGCGACUCUGGUGACUCGCAUCCCGUGCAGAAGGGUCCUCAAGGAACUACUGCCACGGCGAGCGCUUCGGCAGGGAAUUGA